CUGUUGCCUUGAGAACUGCAACCGUACGCCCAGGGAACGACAAACUUCAUCACAACUUCUUACAGCCAGUCGUCUCAAAGGAGCAACCACUCCAUUUGACAUCGUGGGCUCAAACUGCCACCUCUUCUCCGUGUCCCCCUCCCAGCCCCCCUCCCCAAAAUGUUGCUUUCUGGGAGGCCAGGCUGAAAGUGACACUCUGUGAAAACAUUUUGGGAACUUUCUUUGCUCUGCUUUUACCCAGAUACUGCUCUUCUUGCCACGUUCCGGAUGCCAGAUACGUUGUUGGUGUUACAGCCGCCUCAGUGCUUUUGUGCUUCCCUGGCCGACUGCGGGGAAGAACCUGUCACGUAGGGAAAGUCAAGUGGAUUUUCUCUCCUACAGCGGGGACAGCCUGGCCCCAAAUUAACGGUGUCAGGAAGGGGACAAGGGAAAAACUGCCGAUUCUGUUGUAAGGCAGAUCCGCAGUAGGAAAGGGGUCUUCCUCAGCCAGGGACGCUGCAGGUGUGGAGCGACCCCGGGGCUGCGUGGGGGCUGCCAUGAGCACGGUGCAGCCGUGCAGAUCUCUUUCUUGAGUCCAUACACCCCGAUUUUUGUUGGGUGUUGACGACUCUUCGUCGGGCCUCGAGUGGAAGGAGCCGCGUCGCUCUCCUGACGGAGCUCGCUCUGGUCUCUGCCUGCCCCGGCUCCCUCAGAAUGGGGCCGCGGUGCCCCCCGACGCGUCCCUGGGACUUCGCCCUUCAGAGCUGUUCUUUUUCUGAAGCUUUGUACCUUUCCGCAUCGCUGUUUCUUUAUGUUUCUCUAACACGAUACAGCGCUUUAAGCUGCGCUUUUAUUUUCCUUGCUGAAUCGCUGUGGUCCGUCCGCUCUGCCCCCUGACCAUUUUUCCCCGGCAGAUUCUCUUAAAUCUCUGUUAAACCAAAAGCAGGACGUUUUCUUCUCCUGAUACAAGGGGAAGAUCUGUUCGGGUUUCUUGGCCCUUUUUUUGAACUGUCCCGUUCCCCCCCCCCCCCCCGCCAGGGAUGGUGUCCCAUCUCCCCCCGCCCCAGCCGUACGUAGUGGUACAGCCCGCGGCGAUAACCUGACGGCCGCGUUAACCGGAAGCGCUUAGCGGCAGCGGCCGGAAACGGCGGCGGUUUGUUUCUGGUCGGACCUCUCCGGGGGCUGCACGCGCUUCCCGCUGGCCCCGCCAACAGAGCAGCUCAUGGCUUUCAACUUCGGGGCGCCGGCGGGCGCCGGGGCCGCCAACCCGACCGGAUUUGGUGGGCUUGAAACUACAAACUCCACUGCCAGUGGGUUUAAUUUUGGGGGUUUCGGAUUAACUGCUAAUCCUGCAGUGAAUUUUAAUAUUGGGAAUUUCGGUGUUUCCACUACCUCAACUCCACCAUUCAAUUUUGGUAACAGUCUGGCAAGUGCAGGUGCGUUUGGAGGAUUUGGGACAACUACCACCACUGCGGGACCAGCAUUUAGUUUUUCCGCUCCCACCAAUACAGGCACCAGUGGACUCUUUGGUGCUACCCAGAACAAAGGCUUUGGAUUUGGUACUAGUUUUGGCACAGGAACUGGAACUGGCUUGGGUAGUGGGUUGGGAACUGGGCUAGGCUUUGGAGGCUUCGGUACGCAGCAGCAACAGACCACAUUAGGAAGCGGCUUGUUCAGCCAGCCUGCUCAGACACCCGCCCAGUCAAACCAGCUCAUCAAUACAGCCAGUGCCCUCUCGGCUCCGACACUCUUAGGAGAUGAGAGAGAUGCUAUUUUGGCAAAAUGGAAUCAGCUUCAGGCCUUCUGGGGAACAGGCAAAGGUUACUUCAACAAUAACAUCGCUCCAGUGGAGUUCACGCAGGAAAAUCCCUUUUGCAGGUUUAAGGCUGUGGGUUACAGUUUAAUGCCCAACAACAAAGAUGAAGAUGGCCUCGUGGUCUUGGUCUUUAACAGAAAAGAAGUAGAUAUUCGAAGUCAGCAGCAGCAGCUCGUAGAAUCACUACACAAAAUUCUGGGAGGAAACCAGACCCUCACUGUCAAUGUAGAAGGUGUUAAAACGAUGCCAGAUGACCAGACAGAAGUAAUCAUUUACGUUGUUGAGCGCUCGCCCAACGGUACUUCGAGGAGAGUUCCCGCAACGACUCUCUAUGCCCACUUCGAACAAGCCAACAUAAAAUCGUCCCUGCAGCAGCUGGGGGUCAGUCUCUCCAUGGCCAGAACAGAGCUUUCCCCGGCACAAGUCAAACAGCUCCUGCAGAACCCUCCUGCUGGUGUUGAUCCUAUCAUAUGGGAACAAGCCAAAGUUGAUAAUCCUGAUCCUGACAAACUUAUUCCUGUGCCAAUGGUGGGUUUCAAGGAGCUGUUGAGAAGAUUGAAGGUCCAAGAUCAGAUGACCAAACAGCAUCAAACUCGAUUAGAUAUAAUAUCAGAAGAUAUCAGUGAGCUGCAGAAAAACCAAACAACAACUAUGGCAAAAAUUGCACAGUACAAAAGGAAACUGAUGGCGCUUUCUCACAGAACGUUACAGGUGUUAAUAAAGCAGGAGAUCCAAAGGAAAAGCGGUUAUGCCAUUCAAGCAGAUGAAGAGCAGCUUCGUGUACAGUUAGAUACAAUUCAGUGUGAACUUAACGCUCCUACGCAGUUCAAGGGCAGACUGAAUGAGCUCAUGUCCCAAAUCAGGAUGCAAAACCACUUUGGAGCAGUGCGGGCUGAAGAGCGCUAUUACAUAGAUGCAGACCUCUUAAGGGAAAUCAAGCAACACCUGAAGCAGCAGCAAGAAGGCCUGAGUCACCUCAUUAGCAUUAUAAAGGAUGACUUAGAAGACAUCAAACUUAUAGAACAUGGGCUGAACGAGAGCAUUCCCAUCAGAGGAGGAGUCUUCAGUUGACGUGGUGGAUGCUGCUGGGCUUACACAGAACACGUUACUCAAGUUCGUGGUUCACCUUCCAAGGCUAAAACUGUUGAGGUAAAAUAAAACACGUGUCUUCUAGGAGCAAUGGUAUUUUGGCUGUUAUGAAUCUUUAGAAUUAGCAAAGCCUCUUCUAAGCUUUUGAACUUGACCUUUGGAAGGUUUAUAUUUUAUAAAGCUGUAUAUGCUUUAAUAAAAGAAGGAAAACUGAAUCUGUUCAGAUACUGUUUUACUAUAAAACUAUAUGUACUAUUGUACAUUUAUUUCUUUUUUUUUUUUUCUACAACAGCAUUGUCCUAGAAAUGCAGUGCCAAGGGAAUUGUUCCACUUGUAACUUGGUUUGUGGAAAGCUUAGCCUGUUUUCAUGUUUUUGUCAAAACAAUCAAGUAACAUCAUUAUGUAAACAGCUUAUUUAAAUCAUUACAGAUAUGUAUGUCACUAUAACUAUGUUGGUCUCUGCAGAACCAGUAGUUUACUUGGAGUUGCUGCAGGAAUUUGAUGUUUCCAGUUUCUAUCGUUCCUUUGGACUGCAAGGAAUGGACGGUGAUAUUUUGUCACUCUACAGAUGUGAAUUAUAAAAAGCUUUUCUGCCCCUUAAAUAACAACAGAAUGUCUAGAUGUUGUCUUCUGCCUUUUUUUAAUUGCCGGAGAGUAAUAAAUUCAGUCUGACUUUGUAAUAACUUGUGCAUGCUGUUGGCUCUUUCUCAGCUACAUCAGUAAAGCAGUGAAACUGCUAACAACUCCAGGUUAAUACACUUCACUCUCCUCCAGCCACUGCAGGUAACAGGCUAUCAAACCUGAUGCCCCAGAGCUGCUGCCAAACUAAAACACAAGGUCCUGUCCCUUAGAUCCUAUCUGGUACCAAAUACUGCAGCGCAGUUGGCUACUACAUGAAUUGGAGAGACAGCUUUUCCACCACCUCCCCACCCCCCGAGGUUGCCUUUUUUUUUUUUUCUUCAUUACAAAAGUCACUGCAAAUAACUGAAACAAAAAUACAUUAUGGGCUGCAGUAGGAGUUUGUACAGCAGAAACACCUUCAACAUGGUAGUGACAGAAUCAUUUUGUUCACUAGCCACACAAAAAAAAAAAAACAAAAAAAAAACCACUUCCAUUCACAAAAUUUGAAAGAUAGAAGAAGAGAAACACAGCCUCAGCAUGCUGGAGCCUGUAUUGUGCAUCAGAAAGAGUAUUUUUGGAAGCACAAUUCGAUUACAAUUGAAAAAAGCAUAUGUGGAACUCUACUUCGGGGGGAAAAGGAUUAGUUUAUUUUUGGAAGCAUUGUUCCAAUUAUUAAAGUAUCUUAAAUGUGCAAUUCAAGCUCUAGCGUGGCCUGUUCGAAGGAAUCGAAUGAGGCUAGAAUUCUGUUUUUCAUGGGCCAGGGUAGCAGUUUAAGUGAAGACUUCUGCCAUCAUGCCCCUGCUAGAGUGACUAUGCUGCAUCUUUGAGUACAAAACAUUGGUUUUUUUCUUUGUAAACACAUCACUGCCCUGCCCCUCCCCCCCCCUUUCUAAGCUGUAGUUGUACUAUACUUUGAAAAUACCUUGAACACACAGCAUGGGCACUCUAGCAAGGGGCUACUUGACCUACUACUGUAGCCUUUGAAAAAGAACUGGUCUCAAAAGAUUUCUUAGAAAAGCCUCCCCUGCUAGCGACAGUUUUGCGUGUCUGA